AUGGCAAGCCGCUUUGAUGCUUUUUUCUCGGACAGUGAGACCGUAAAGGAUAGCGCUAUGCAUGCAAGUCGUCGUCGAGUGAACGAACUGCGUCAAUCUCAAGCGGUAGAAAUGCAUCGCAGCUCAAGUGGACGGAAUUUGCGUCUAAAGCAGCUUUCUGUAGCGGAUGAAGCUCAAUUGUCGGCGGCACCAAACGCAUUGACACCGCGAGUACCUUCCGGACGAAGAUUGGAAAGCAGGCAACGAUUACGCAGUGCCGAUAGCAACAGUAACAACAACGGGCACUUACAGCGACGAAGCAGUUUCUCAAUAUCAGCUCGUGUGCUGCAAGAUCUCGAGCGCAUGAGAUCGUCGACGGACCCGGAAAGGCUGACAGAGCUUUGUGAGAAGCCGGAACAUAUUGGCGUAUGUCGUGACGGCGACAACGACCUACAACGACGAGAAGAUAGCAGUGAUAAAAGCAAGAAAGCUCACGAGGACACCCAGGACGAAACUUUACACAACAACUCGGAAGCUCACAACCGUAUCCUGCCAGCUUCACAAGAGGAAGAGCAGGUCGAAACUAAAGCAGUGGCAAGCUUUGGGUUGUGGCGGAAAGCUACCAAGAGCAAACGCUUGCCAGAUGCCAUUAUUUUUUCACGAUCCGGUAGCGACGAGUCCAAGCCAUCACACAUAUAUUCGUCAUCUACGUCGGUAUCAAGUAGAGCACAACCAACACAGACCCCAUCAGUUAGUGAAAUGGUCUCACAGUUGCAUUUAACACAUCCGCAUCUAGCAGCACUAGCAUUGUUGGAUAUUCCCAUGGCAAUGUCACUUACGCGGUCAAUCUCACCACGUAUCCGACGACCAGGAUUCUCCUCAUUGCCAGACGAUGCAUCACUUCGACGUGCAAGUUCAGUACCGACAACGAACGACAAGGUGACAGUACAAGUCAAAUCUAGCUCAAUACUCAAAGCAAGCAGUUCCAUUACACAGUGGAAACGAGGUGAAUUAAUUGGUGAAGGAACGUUUGGAAAGGUCUACAAAGGUUUGAACAUUGCAACAGGUGAGCUCUUUGCACUAAAGAAGAUUGUCAUCCACUCGAGUUCAAAUACGAAUCAAGUCACACAAAUGCAAAAACUUGGUGAUGAGAUUGAGCUCAUGAAUAAUCUCAGUCACAAGCACAUUGUUCGCUACAAAGGAAGUUAUCACACUGCAAGUCAUUUCUAUAUUUUUAUGGAGUACGUAUCAGGUGGAUCAAUUGCCAGUAUGUUGAAACAGUUUGAUGCCUUUAGUGAAGACCUGAUUCGUAUCUUUACCCGUCAAAUUGUUCAAGGUGUUGAAUAUCUCCAUCAAAUGGGAAUCAUUCAUCGUGAUAUCAAAGGUGCCAAUGUAUUGGUAAAUGAACAAGGGGUUGCCAAAUUAGCAGAUUUUGGCUGUUCAAAGCAACUUCCAUCCAUGUUGACCACAAGUUUAGAAGAAUCCUUACGUUCCAUUCGUGGUUCAAUUCCAUGGAUGGCACCAGAAGUUGUAAAACAGACUGGUCAUGGAUAUAAAGCGGAUAUCUGGAGUAUUGGUGCAACUGUGAUUGAAAUGGCAACAAGAAAGCAUCCGUGGCCACAUUGUCAGAAUAGUCUAUCUGCCAUGUAUACAAUUGCAAUGGCUACGUCGCCACCUUCAUAUCCUGACAAUUUCUCAGUCCAAGCCAAAUCGUUUCUUGAACGCUGUUUUUGUAUUGAUCCAAAAGGUACAGUAGAAGAGCAAAACGCGUUCUUGUGA